CCCUUUGGAACAAAGAAUUUGGGAAACUUAGGGCUAAAGUCGCUUUUUCCUCCUCUUUAAGCCGUACCUGAACAUCUCACACCAUGGCCACCAUGCCAGUUCUCGAGACCCGUUCCAACCACACUAUUUAUAUCAACAAUCUCAAUGAGAAGAUCAAGAAGGAUGAGCUCAAGAAGUCCCUGUAUGCCAUCUUCUCCCAGUUUGGCCAGAUCCUGGAUAUCCUGGUGUCUCAGAGCCUGAAGAUGAGGGGCCAGGUCUUUGUCAUCUUCAAGGAGGUCACCAUUGCCACCAAUGCCCUGUGGUCCAUGCUGGGCUUCCCUUUCUAUGACAAACCCAUGCGCAUCCAGUACACAAAGACUGAAUCAGACAACAUUGCCAAGAUGAAGGGCACCUUUGUGGAGAGAGAUCACAAAGGAGAGAAGAGGAAGCCCAAGAGUCAGGAGACACCUGCUGCCAAAAAGGCUGUUCAGGGUGGGGCAGCUGCCCCUGUGGUGGGUGCUGUCCAGCCUGUACCCGGCAUGCCACCGAUGCCUCAGGCACCCCGCAUCAUGCACCACGUGCCAGGACAGCCUCCCUACAUGCCACCAGCUGGCAUGAUCCCGCCAACAGGCCUCGCUCCUGGCCAGAUCCCCCCUGGGGCCAUGCCCCCACAGCAGCUCAUGCCUGGGCAGAUGCCGCCUGCCCCGCCUCUCUCCGAGAAUCCACCCAAUCACAUCCUGUUCCUCACCAACCUGCCUGAGGAGACCAAUGAGCUCAUGCUCUCCAUGCUUUUUACCCAGUUCCCUGGCUUCAAGGAGGCGCAUCUGGUCCCUGGGUGCCAUGACAUUGCCUUCGUGGAGUUUGACAAUGAAGUGCAGGCUGGGGCAGCACUAGAUGCCCUGCAAGGCUUUAAGAUCACACAAAACAAUGCUAUGAAGAUCUCUUUUGUCAAGAAGGAGCGCCUUUCCCUAUGGAGUACCCCAGUCCCUUCCCCCCGUCCCUUGACUCAGUCCCUGGAGGUAAGUCCCCCUUAG